AGAGUGGAGCUUGGUGAGGAUUUGUUGCAGCCAUCCGGCAGAGUGCAGCUCUCGCCUCACACUGGUGUCUGGAGCGCACGCUGAGAAUAUACUCUUCUUAUUCACGACUGAGCUUGACUGAGUUAAAGCGACCCUUUCUUUGUGAGCUGACAGGGUUCAAUCAGACAGCCUACGUUUGUGGAAAAUUAUGGGUGGGUUCAAGUGACACUGCCGACUUGUAGGUUCUUCCAGGCCGGUGACGAUGCUGAUGUUGAUGAUGCUGAUAAAGCGCUCUGGGAGAGAUGGUAAAGUUUGUUUGGGGGUGAUUUCACUCGCUUGAAAUCAUCCAGCUGGGGCUAAAGAGCUUGCUUCAGUGCUAAAGCAGGAGCUGCUUGGAGUGUCAAGGAAGGUAGAAAAAAAAUCACGGAUUGGAGCUUUGACACAGAGGCUUGGAGAUGAACUUUCAACAUUUGCUGUUUGGGUUGUUGGCCACAUUCACCGGCACCAUAACAUCAGGGUCACGAGUGCGGUUCGAAGACAGCGCCCCCUGGAUCACGGAGGACCCGUCCGAUUUGAUCGUCUCCAAAGGGGAGCCGGCCACCCUCAACUGCAAAGCAGAGGGCCGCCCGCCUCCUACCGUGGAGUGGUACAAGGACGGCGAGCGGGUGGAGACGGAUAAGGACGACCCCCGCUCGCACCGCAUGCUCCUGCCCAGCGGCUCGCUUUUCUUCCUGCGCAUUGUCCACGGUCGUCGCAGCAAACCCGACGAGGGCGUGUACACCUGCGUGGCACGCAACUACCUGGGAGAGGCCGUCAGUCGCAAUGCUUCGCUGGAAGUUGCUAUCCUCCGAGAUGAUUUCCGUCAAGCCCCGAGUGACGUGGUGGUGGCCGCCGGCGAACCCGCCGUCCUGGAGUGCGUGCCGCCGCGCGGUCACCCGGAACCCCUGGUGUCCUGGAAGCGCAACAACGUCAGGGUCAACACGAAAGAUGAACGUAUCUCAGUGCGCGGGGGCAAGCUGAUGAUCUCGCACACCAGGAAGGGUGACGCGGGCAUGUACGUGUGCGUGGGCACCAACAUGGUGGGCGAGCGCGACAGCGACCCCGCUGAGUUGGUGGUGUACGAGCGACCCGUGCUGGUGCGCAGACCGGUCAACCAGGUGGUCAUGGAGGAUGACACUGUCGACUUCUUGUGCGAGGUCCACGGCGAUCCUCCUCCGACUGUGCGAUGGCGGCGAGAGGAUGGGGAACUCCCCCGAGAGAGGUUUGAGAUCCGCAAUGGGAACAGCCUGCGUUUAGUCCACGUGAAAGAGCACGAUGAAGGAACGUACACCUGCACGUCAGAAAACAGCGUGGGCAAGACGGAGGCCUCGGCCAUGCUGCAGGUGCACGUGUCACCUCAGAUCGCAACCAAGCCCCGGGACCAGAUCGCCUCCCAGGGGAGGAGCGUCGCCUUUCAGUGCGGCACCACGGGUAACCCCCCGCCUGCCAUCUUUUGGCAGAAAGAGGGCAGUCAGAUGUUGCUGUUCCCUGGCCAGCCGCCAUCCCAGUCAGGUCGUUACACCGUGUCCAUGAAAGGCGAGUUGACCAUCACUGACGUCCAUCCGGAGGACUCUGGAUUCUACAUCUGCCAGGCCAUCAGCGUGGCGGGAAGCGUGCUCAGCAAGGCCUUACUGGAGGUGGAAGGAGGACCUUCAGGCCAGAUCCCCCCAAUCAUCCGCCAAGGCCCUGCCAAUCAAACGAUGUCCCAGGGCGCCACAGCCCGCCUGCACUGCCGAGUCAUUGGAGGACCCUCGGUCAGGAUUUCUUGGGAGAAGGACGGAGACACGAUUGAGGCGAACGAUGCUCGCUUGACGGUGGCGGCGAACGGCACGUUGGAAAUAAGAGACAUAAAGGAAGCGGACUCGGGCAUGUACACAUGUGUGGCAUCCAGCCCCACCGGGGAGUCGAGUUGGAGCGGGAUGCUAACUGUCAUAGAAGGCGCCGUCUCGUCCCCGUCAAGAAUUUCCGAGUUCAUCCAGCUGCCGGGACCACCGCAGAAGCCUGUGGUGACCGACGUGACCAGGAACAGCGUUACCCUUACCUGGCAGUCCAACCCGCACGAGGGCGGGGCCGCCGUCACCUCCUACGUCCUCGAGGCCUUCAGCCAAUCGGUGGGAAGCACCUGGCAGACGGUGGCCGACCACGUGAGGCAUGAGCGGCACACCGUCGUGGGGCUCUUGCCCAACACCGUGUACCUCUUCAUCGUCAGAGCCCUCAACUCUUACGGCCUGAGCGACCCCAGCCCCAUCUCGGAGCCUGUCAGGACACAAGAUGGGAGUCCUCCAGAAACAGGCGUGGACCACAGACAGGUGCAGCGGGAACUUGGCGAGGUGUUGCUUUACCUUUCAAAGCCUGUCGUUCUGUCUCCCACCAGUGCCAAGAUUUCUUGGACCGUGGCCCGUCAUUCCCAAAACGUUCAGGGUUACCGCGUGUUUUACCGUACCAUCGGCAGCUCCUGGCUGGUCCAGGAUGUGGAGGCCGCGUCAGAGCACAGCGCCGUCUUAGAGGAUUUGCUCCGCAACACUGAAUAUGAGGUGAAGAUAAGGCCUUACUUCAAUGAGCUGCAGGGACACGACAGCCUCAUGGUGUUGCUGCGCACCCCGGAGGAAGUGUUGAGCGCGGCGCCGCAAGCGGUGUCGGUGGUGCAGCUCACCAACAGCUCCAGUAUCAGCGUAUCCUGGGAGCCGCCGCCUCGUAGCGCUAAUAGCGGCGUCGUUCGAGAGUACAAGGUGUGGUGUGUGAGCAGCAGCUUGGACCAGGAGAAGCACGUCAACCGAACAGUGGACGCAGCCGUCGUGUCCAUCCUGCUCACCGGCUUGCUACCUGACGUGCGCUACGCCGUCACCGUGGCUGCCGUCACCAGCCUGGGCGUCGGCACCCCCAGCUCACCUGUCAACCUUGUCCUCACUCCGCCGGUGGGCUACACCUCCACGCCCGUGAGGAAAGGCGCCGGGGACGACGUGAGCAUCUCGGAGCAGAUCACCGUGGUGGUGCGGCAGCCGGCCUUCAUCGCCGGGCUGGGUAUGGCCGCCUGGCUGGCUCUGAUGGGCCUCAGCGGGUGGUUCUACUGUCGCCAUCGCCGCAGGAAGCAGCUGGGCCACUACACCACGUCCUUCGCAUACACACCAGCUGUUGGCUUUGCUCACGGUGAAGGAACUGAAAUCAUCAAUGGAGGGCCGGGCAUGUUGGGAUCAAACAUGGGCAACUUCCCGUGGCUUGCCGACUCGUGGCCCGCUCCUAAUCUGAUGCACAACAGCAAAGACUCCAUCAACUCCUGUUCCGACAAACUAAACUCGGAGAAAUAUUACAACGCUGUCGGUAUGGCCAACUACCACCCGGAGAAGCGCAACAUGGCAUCCGGCGACAGUCCCAUCUACAGCACCAUCAACGCGGCGGCCGAGGAGGACCUGCUGAGCUAUUACGACACCUACUCCAGUGCCUCCUACAAACAGGGGCCCGACCCGUAUAGCAGCAGCCCGGCACUGUCCAACAGUGGCCUGGUGGCUCUGGAGCAGGACUUGGACCAGUGGACUGCCCAGUCGGGAAACUCCACCUCAGAAUACGCCAAGCUGCACUACACCAAGAAGAGCAACGAGAAACUGGUCAAGCAGAGAUCCAGCGGGUCGGUGUGCACGCCAGCGCCUCUCACCUGGGUGGACGUGCUGUCUCUUCCUCUUCCUGCCAACAAGAACGAACAUCGCCCAGAGGUGGACGGCGGGGGCCAGUGCAGCUCCAGUGAGGAAGACGAUGACUGGUGUCCCCCGCUGCCCGCCAGAACCUAUCUGAUGGACGAACCUUCCACAGCCCUCCAGCAGUUCCACUCUGCUACGUCCUCCCCUCAGCGAGACCCGUUGAACCCCACCGACAGUCCCCGUCCGCAGCACGUGGACCUGCUGGCUAGUCAGCACUCUUACUUUUCCCAGUCCAACCCGGAUCUGUUCACCAAGACCGCUGAGAUGCACCAUGGUAGCAGCCGCUGGGCAGAAACCUUGAGGGGCAACGGCUUUUCCAAAGGACAAUCUCAUGCCGCGCCUGGCAAUUUGAGCCCUGCGGCUCUGGCGCACAGAUGCAGGAACAAGAAGAAAUCCCCGAAGGAUGGAACACUCAGGCGGGAGCCACAUACCCAAGCAGAUCUGCCCCCUCUUCCGGCCCCCCCACCGCCUGAGAACUCCCUGCAGCCUCUUGCCGAUGUUGUGACCCUCGCAAGCGACAACCAUGUCUCCUCCCACCCGAGAGCAGCCGCAAAAUGGUCAUCACAGGAUGAGAAUGUAAUCCAGUACGGGUCGUCCAACCAGAUGUCCGGCUGUGGGUCACUGGUCGGCGUCUUUACCCAAUCCCCAGCUUCUGGACAGAACCUUAUGUGAGCCGACAUCUUCUCAAUUUCCUUCUUUGUGAGCCAUCCAUUUAAAAAAGUGUGAAAAAUAAAUGAAGAACUUCACAUCCAAGCUGUCUGUAAAAUGUCCAGACUCAAUCCAUGGGACCUUUUCACAAUUCCUACAGUGUUUUGUCAUCCUGGAUUAUUGAAAUAAAAAUAAAGUGUACAUAUUAGCUCAUGCUAAUCCAUAGCUACCAUUAAAUUGUGCACAUCUAUGACACGGUGACAAGCGUGUGCAUCUGUGUUUAAUGUUUGCAUUGACUGUGUGCCAAAGUCAGGAGGCCACAACAGUGAUGGUGUGCUGUCUAAGAGGUAUUUGCUUUUGUAAUUCUCUGCUGCUAUUAAAACGCACACGCGCGCGCGCACACACACACACACACACACACACAUACACACACACACACAUACACACACACACACACACACACACACACACACACACACUCUACUUGACCUGUGGGCAACACUAUCAAACCAUUUGCAUGCAACAGCGCCCACUGGUGGCCCAGAUGGGAAUUGGACCACAUGCAAAUGACUGGGACAAUGAAAAUUAAUCAAUAGCAAAUGCUUGUGAAAUAAACCGGUAUUCUAAACUCAUAUAGUAACAAAUAGAUUUGUUUAUGUAAGACUUUUCAUAUUUCUUUAGUCCAUUUUUAUUUUGUAUUGGUUAAUUUGAGAACACUUCAAUUCAUUAGUCCGUUUUAAAUAUAAAGUAUAUGAAUUAACACUGUUUGUGAAACAAGCAGUUAUUUUUCGAUUAUAUUUUAAAGUUCAAUUCAUUACAUAUUUUCUCAUUGUAUAAUUUUAUAUAAAGACUUCCCAACUCUAUAAAACACUUAAGUGUUUUAUAGAGUUGCUAUUUUUCACAUUUUAAUUUUCAAUGUAUUAUUUGUUCAUUCAUAGAAUAUCCAAGAUGUGGAUCUACAUUUUGAAUAUAAUACACAUUAUUUGAAAUUAAUAAACAUUAUCAAUAUAGCUGAAAUUUUCCAUUUGAUUUAUGGAAAAUAAAAUAAUAUAUCGAAACAAAUGUUCAAUAAAUCUUAUGUAAUAAAUGUUACUUCAGGUUCCCCAAUAAAAUAAUGGAUUAACUAUUUCACACAGCAAUUCCCUUUUAAAGGUAUCAAAAAUCAUUCAUUAUCCUUAAAAUAAUAGAUAGUUUAUUUUUGUUGCUUUGACAAGGAUGCAACCUGACAAUAAAGUGGAUGUGUAUGUCCCUUACUUGUGGUCGUUUAUAUUUGAUCUUAUUAAAACGUUGCCCCUAUUUUGUGUGAAUGCAAUUCCUUCCACUUUUGUUGUAUCAGCUACAGAAAAACGUGUGUGGGAGAGCCAAAAGUCGUUUUGGAUCUCGGAUAGAAUAUUUUUGAAUGUAUCGCUGAGAAAAUGAUGUGAAUAUUACAUUUGAAUCAUAAAGUGUCAGUGCACGUGUGUACUUAUUGAUCUGCGUGUCUGUGAAUACUGCACUGUUCUGUGACACCCCUGUACAUCGCCACUGGCUUUGAUCCAUUCAUUAUUUUUUAAUAAAUCCAUUUUUAAAA